AUGAGGACCAUCACCUCGUUGGUCCUUCUGUUAUUGAUUGAUGUUGUUACCGCUAUUCGUUUCUACGUGCCGGCUAAUACCAAAAAGUGUUUGAAGGAGGAAAUUCACAAGAAUAUCGUCGUCACUGGAGAAUACGAAUUCAGCGAAGGUGUUGGUUACGCGGGAAGUGUCCAUGUAACUGAUACCCGUGGGCACAUUUUGUAUAAACGCGAAAAAUUCCACGAAACAAAGGGGAAAUUCGCUUUCACUACCGACGAAUAUGACAUUUUCGAAAUUUGCAUAACCAAUCACGCUCCUGUUGGCGCAGGGCACGCUCAAGCUCGGGAGGUGUUAUUGAAGAUGAAACACGGUGUCGAAGCGAAAAACUACGAUGAUAUAGCAAAGGCAGAGAAGCUGAAGCCACUGGAGGUUGAACUGCGACGCCUCGAAGAUUUGUCGGAUCAGAUCGUGAAGGACUUUGCUUUUAUGCGGCAGCGCGAGGAGGAGAUGAGGAAUACAAAUGAGUCUACGAAUAGCCGUGUACUUUACUUGUCCAUCUUUUCGAUGCUUUGCCUACUAUCACUAGCUGCAUGGCAGGUCAUGUUUCUGCGCAACUAUUUCAAACAGAAGAAGCUUAUUGAUUGA